CCUGGUGCUAACCAGUUACGACCAUGAGAUACUUAUUGAAAAAGAAACAGUUCUUGCACCUUCAACGGCUGCAUGUGAACCAAGUUUCAGUUCCACAAGUUCGGGAACCCAUCCCGGGUUUUACUGAAGAUUUUGGACCAGAGUCAUGGAGAUCAAUCGAGGGUCUGGUUCGUUGCUCGGCUAAUUAUGAGCCUUUGUCUCCUGUCAGUUUCUUGGAGAGAACGGCAAAGGUUUACAGAGACAAAACCUCUGUUGUGUACGGUUCUGUUAGCUACACAUGGAGCCAAACCCAAACCCGUUGUCUCAAACUCGCUUCUGCAUUAGUUCAUCAGCUGGGGAUUAACAGAGGAGACGUGGUUGCAGUUUUGGCACCGAAUGUUCCGGCCAUGUACGAGCUCCAUUUCGCAGUUCCAAUGGCAGGAGCUGUGCUUUCUCCACUCAACACGCUUCUUGAUCCUGAAGUGGUUUCGCUCGUUCUGAGACAUUCAGAAGCGAAGGUCCUUUUCGUCGAUGACCAGUUCCUUGAACUUGCCGAGGCAGCAAUUGAUCUCAUUGUCAAGUCAGAAAAUGCAAGAAAAGGACCAAUCCUUGUCCUAAUCUCCCAACCUGAUCACACCAUUGAUAGCUCAGUACCCGCAGGGAGAUUAACCUCAAGAACAUCACUCCAUUGCGGGUACGAAAGUUUGCUCGAGUCUGGAAGCAGUGAAUUCGAGGUAAGGAAACCGGGAAGUGAAUGGGAUCCGAUCAGUCUAAACUACACAUCUGGAACGACUUCGAGAUCUAAAGGAGUUGUAAGUAGCCAUAGAGGAGCUUAUGUGAAUUCUCUCGCCACAGCGUUCCUUCCCAAGAUGGGGGCAUCAUCUUCUCCUGUUUACCUCUGGACCGUCCCCAUGUUUCAUGCCAAUGGAUGGUCCCUCACUUGGGGAAUGGCUGCACAAGGUGGGACCAAUGUCUGCAUUAGAGAAAUCUCCGCAAAAGGCAUCUUCAAGAAUAUAUCAGAGCAGAAGGUGACACACAUGGGAGCUGGCCCGACUAUUCUGAACAUGAUUGUGAAUUCACCUUUGGAUGGAAUACCGAAGCUUUCUCACCGAAUCAAAGUCUUUACAGGCGGUUCACCUCCUCCUAUACCGAUCCUGAACAAGAUGGACGAGAUGGGUUUCGACGUAUCUCAUGUCUAUGGCUUGACGGAAAUCAUGGGUCCAGGGACUUGCUGUGAGUCCAAACCAGAAUGGGAUUUGCUUUCUGCAGACGAAAGAUCGAGAUUGAAGGCCAGGCAAGGAUUACAGCAUUUGGCAGUUGACGAGGUAGAUGUGAAAGAUCCAGUCACGAUGAAGAGCGUGCCAUUGGACAGUACCACCAUUGGUGAGAUCAUGUUCAGAGGAAACAGCGUAAUGCUUGGAUACUUCAAGGACGCGAAAGCAACCGAAGAAGCUUUCAGAGGAGGUUGGUUUCACACGAGCGAUCUGGCCGUCAAACACUCAGAUGGGUAUAUAGAGAUAAAGGAUCGGAAAAAGGAUUUGAUCGUUUCGGGAGGAGAAAACGUAAGCACGGUUGAGAUCGAAUGGGUUUUGUAUAGCCAUCAAGCCGUUCUUGAAGCUGCAGUUGUGGGGCGACCGGAUAAUCGCUGUGGGGCAACGCCUUUUGCGUUUGUGAAACUGAAAGAUGGGUUUGAUGUGAAAGAAGAGGAGAUCAUAGAGUUCUGUAGUGAGCAUUUGGAGCAUUACAAGGUCCCAAAGACGGUUGUUUUCGGGGUUUUGCCAAGAACUUCCACAGGGAAAGUGCAGAAGUACCUGCUGAGACAGAGAGCUAAAGCAUUGGGUUCCUCGUAAUAAAACUGAAAGUUAGUAUGUUGUUGUUGUGUCAAGUAUUCGAAAUAAGAUUUGUGGAAACUAUCUAAUGUGAUAUAGUUAAUGAUUAUGAGAUCUGAAUCGUUGAGCUUAAGCAAAA